GUAAAGGCCACUACUGCUACUACAUAAUGGCGAUUUUGUUUUUGUUUUUCGCUUACAGUGUUCUUUUACAAGGUUUCCAAGCAGAGCCGGAUCCUUGUGAUACAGCCGAAGUCCUCCAUCGUCACGAGGACAGGGGAACUCGAUGUGUAAUCAGUGACAGUAACCAGGUGUGUGACAGAUACGCCCUCAAUGAGACUGUUUGGUACCAUGUACCAAAUCAAUCUCCGACAGAUAAUCUGUUUCUGGAUAUGGCAACUUCCCCAGCCGAACUGAACACCUGUGGAACCUCCUUCCCUAUCUGGCUGAAUGGGUCCCUCCCAGGAGGAAAUCGUACCCAGAAGAUAAUGACCGCGUGUAUGCGUGGUUUAAAGAACGUCUGUCAAACCGCUUACAACAUCACCGUGGUGAGCUGCCCGCCAUCAUACCACGUCUACAAACUCCGGGCUACAGACACGUUUAACGCGGCCUACUGCUUCGGUAACGAUGUCUGCCAUGGUUCCACCACUACAGCACCAGUAACUACUCAGCAACCCGGACCCUCAACAGUGGAUCUGGGAGUGUCAGAGCCCUGCAAUACUACUCAUAACCUACACCAUGCUGGGGGUCGGGGAACACGGUGCUCUGGUGACGUGAAAAGUCAAAUAUGUGACCGGUACGCAGUGGAAGACGUUUGGUACCGGGUAAAAAGUGGCGGGAAGGAUUUGGAACUCGUGACCAAACCCCCACCCAUCAACAUGUGUGGUACAUCAUUCCCGAUAUGGAUGAACGGAACUCACCCUACCAAUGGCGCCACGGUAAACAGGACUGCGUGUGAGAACGGUAUUGAUGGAUCUUGCUUACAUCGUUACAACAUCUCCAUUAAACACUGCGAUACUUACCACGUCUACAAGCUACAAAGUACCCUAGUUUGUGACGCGGCCUACUGUUUUGGGCAAGACAGAACGUGUGAAAUUAGUGGUUACGACAACAGCGGCGUUCAUUUGUCUCCCUUUGCUUUCCUGCUUGCCAUCUGCGUCGCGUGUGCAUGGAUGGUUGGAGGGCGUGCAUUCCUGUUGUGAUUACAAACGAGCUUGAUAAACAAAUAGGAUAUUAUAGCAUUAUUCAGGGAAAAAAAUUCAAUAUUAUACACAACGCGACACCAGUGAAACAUGAGGACCCGAUAAUUGAAUCCGUGGCAUCAGGUUUUAGCAAAUAAUUGUUGAAAUAUUUCAUAUUUAUCAGACAAAUCAAUUCAAAAUACAAAAGUUAGAUCUUGUAACAUGCUUUAAGUUGGUUAUCGAUGUUUUAUAGACAUAUUCACACGCUUUACUUAUUGGAAUCCCCCAGAAACGAAUAUUUAGCAUACAAAAGGUAGGAUGUUAUGAUCGAAGCAUUUCAUUGCUUUCAACUACAUUUCAAAAUCCCAUUCUGAUGAUCGUUAAUCUGGUCAUACAGCAUUAUAUGGUUCAGCGAAAAGUCAAAAAGGCAGAAUGGCCCUAACAAGGCACAACUUAAAAACUUUAAGUGUUUUCAAAGUGACUUAUUGCUGCCAAUCAGAUGGAAUCCAUCUUUUAUUGGCACAUUUGAUAGACAAUGUGUGUGUAUAACAUUUAUAUAAUUUCGUGAUUAUAGCAUAGAGUGCUAAUAAGUAAAUUCGUACCUAGAAAGAAUUCAUCAUAUAGUAUUGAUCUUAGUUUAAAAUAACAACAUAACAAAUAUGUUUCAGUAUAGACAGCAUCCGUCCAGUUGGUAUAUAACUUCCUGUAUUUAUUACGUAUUGUAAUUUUGAUUUCCCAAUUUGUUUCCCCUGGUAUCACCGGUGAGUCCUAGGAGGAAGAAACAGCUGUAGGAUGCAGUGUAAUUCGUUUCUGGCGUACUGUAUCUAUUGUCAAAUUGUAUAGGUGCAGUCACUUGUGAGUAGUAUGUGUUUUACGUUUAUCCUUCCAGUAAAAUCAAUACUCCGUCCAUUUGGUAUAUAAAUAUGGCUACAUGUAUAUGGUAUAUUACAUAUCCCUUCCCAUGUAUCACACACAAUCAAUUGCAUAUUUAUGUGACAAUGACUGACACUCAGUAUUCCCUGUUUUUUUUUUUGUUUUUAUUUAUUUAUAUUACAUGGACACUUAUUUAAUUUUAACAUAGGGAAUACAUAUCUAUACUGGACUAACAAUAUAUCUGGAAUGUCUGACUCAAUUAACGUCUUAAGCCAGAACAAUAUUUCACUAGGGUUUAUUUUCUUGUUGUACAACGAUCACGAGGAGUGUCUGACUCAAUUAACGUCUUAAGCCAGAACAGUAUUUCACUAGCGUUUAUAUUCUUGUUGAACAACGAUCACAAGGAGGCAACUCGACAGUGAUGGUCCAAAUCACUGUUUGCCAGUUAACGGAUGUUAGCUUGGCCUUGAUCAACACCAUAACAAGCAUUAUGUGAACAAUGGUGAACAUCUGUAACAUCCUGAUUAUUCAUAAUCCGUUCGAUGUCCUCUCCCUUUUCCGGACAUAACCCCC